AUGGUGGCUCGGUCAUUCUUGGUGUCUUUUACCACGGCUGCAACAUGCUAUGCGUCUCAGGUGAAGCUGCCUCGCCAGAAUACAAACACCACUCUUGGUGGUUAUGACUUCGUAGAUCCUCUCAUUGGUACUCGUAACGGCGGCCAUGUCUUCGCUGGGGCAACGUUGCCUUUCGGCAUGGCGAAAGCGGUUGCAGACGUGACGAGUGACAAUCAAGGAGGGUAUGCCUCGAAUGGAAGCCCUGUCACGGGCUUCUCUCACAUGCAUGAUUCAGGCACCGGCGGCGCCUCAUCCCUCGCAAACUUCCCGAUCUUUGUUCAUCCAGGAUGUACUGGCGACGAAGUAAACGGCUGUGUUUUCCCCAAGACUCAACGUAGUGUUGAGGUUGUUGACGGGAGUGUUUCUGCUCGUCCCGGAUAUUUCACCAUUGGCCUUGAAUCUGGCAUAAAGGCGGAGAUCACAGCGGCAAACCACACUGCUCUCUAUAGCUUUACUUUCCACGGUAAUGCUACCGGGAAAGCUGUCGUGGACGGGCCCUUAAGUCCGUUGUUCAUCGUGGACUUGACGGACCUUCCGGAUACACGCCUAAGUGGAAGCGCUGCUGUAGAACCAGAAACAGGCCGAAUGACAGGCAAUGGCACGUUUGAACCAAGUUUUGGAACCGGUGAAUACACAUUGCACUUUUGUGCCGAUUUCGCUCCAGGCACCCCAAUACGCGAUACUGGUGUAUUCGUGAAUAAUAGGGCUGGCAACCAGGCAAAAAGCAUUGUUAUGGGACGAGAUAACAACAAUCCUCCUCUACCAGCGGGGGCCUACACGUGGUUCGACGAAGUUACAGAAGGCACUACAAUCACAGUUCGGGUUGGGCUUUCGUUCAAGAGUGUUGACCAAGCUUGCACUAAUGCAGAGACCGAGAUCCCGAAUUUCAGCUUCUCGGACACUCUAGCUACUGCUGAGGAAGUCUGGAAAGAGAAGCUGUCGGUCAUAAGUAUUGACGCAACCGGCCUUAAUGACAACGACCUUCAGACCAUCUUUUGGAGCGGUGUAUACAGAGCAAUGCUAAGUCCACAAGAUUAUACUGGCGAGAAUUAUCUUUGGGAAAGCGACGAGCCCUAUUACGACUCCUGGUACUGCAUAUGGGACUCGUUUCGGAGUAUUCAUCCCUUUAUCACUCUCGUGGAUCCAUACUCUCAAACCCUCAUGAUCCGCUCUCUCAUCGAUAUUUACCGACAUGAAGGGUGGCUCCCUGAUUGUCGAAUGUCCUUGUGCAAAGGUUGGACUCAAGGAGGUUCUAACGCUGAUGUUGUAUUGGUGGAUGCAUAUUUGAAAAAUAUCACGCAGGAUGUUGACUGGGAGACUGGGUACGAGGCCUUGAUAAAGGAUGCAGAGAAUGAACCUCCAGUAUGGGACACUGAGGGUCGCGGUGGUCUGUAUAGCUGGAAGAACUACGGCUACAUCCCAGCUGAUGACUUUGAUCCCUACGGAAACGGCUUAUUUACGAGGAGCGUUUCCCGAACCGUUGAGUACGCAUACAACGACUUUUGUAUUGCUGAAGUAGCGGAGGCACUCGGUAAACAAGACGAUUAUGAAAAGUAUACCAAGCGGUCCGGGAAUUGGAUUAAUCUGUACAAUCCUAACCAAACUUCCGAUAUCAGUGGCACAGACACUGGAUUUACUGGAUUCCUCCAACCAAAAUACCUGAACGGGACUUGGGGAUAUCAAGAUCCAACACUUUGCUCUUCCGUCAUGUCGUUCGACUCUUGUUAUCUUAACCCGAACGGCCACGAAACUUACGAGGGAAGUCCUUGGCUUUACUCCUUUUUUGCACCACAUGACAUGGCUGCCCUAAUUACCACCCUCGGCGGCCCCGAUACUUUCGUCAGUCGUCUAGACUACCUUCAUGAAAGUGGUAUUCUCUACGUGGGUGACGAACAAGCUUUUCUCACCAUAUUCCAAUAUCAUUACGCAGGCCGCCCAGGCAAAUCAACAGAGCGUGUUCAUUAUUACAUACCGAGCCAAUUCAACACCUCCACAGCAGGUAUUCCCGGAAAUGAUGACUCGGGGGCAAUGGGGUCGUUCGUCGCCCUAGCUAUGAUGGGAAUUUUCCCCAAUCCAGGCCAAGACAUAUAUUUCAUCACGGCGCCAUUUUUCUCGUCCAUAUCUAUUACCAAUGGAAUGACGGGGAACACGGCAACGAUCAAAACCGUCAACUUUGACGCCGCGUACAAGAAUAUAUAUAUCCAAAGUGCAAAGUUGAACGGUGAGGAUUAUUCAAAGAACUACCUAACCCAUAGCUUCUUCCUUCAGGGCGGCACUCUAGAACUCACGCUUGGCGAAAAGGAGAGCACAGCUUGGGGUACAGGCGAAGAUGAUUUACCGCCGAGUUUGAGCACGAAGAACUAA